UGUUUACAAAACAACUUUUGUUUCGCUUGGCUGAGUUUUAUUGGAUACUUAUUUUGUUUUCGUUUAAUUGUUUUGGAUUUGCGCAGUAGAAAGCUAAGAAAAUGAAAGCAACUCGAUUAUGAAUUGUGAAAACGCGAUUUGUUAAAAUGUAUUUUAUAACGAAUUUACGCCAAUUUUAUAUGUGAAAUUAUCAAAGCCAAAGAAAAACUACGUAGAAGAAUUGAAAGAAUCCCCGCUUAAUUUCAUCACAAUAUUUAAGCUAUAAUCCGGGUAAAAUUUUGAUUAAAAACUAGAGGCAGCAUGUCAUUGGCCAGCGCUGCAGGCAUUUUAUUAAAACCACAGACUCCACUGCAACAACUGCUAGAGGAUAUCAAUUUCCAGCGUACCAAGGAAAUGCGACAAUUGCUCAAGGAUGAUAACGGAUUCGUGGUGCUCCAAGGCACAACGUAUUGGACUGAUUUGUUUGUACGGCAUUUCCUUUUUCAAACCGAGCCGGUACACAGCAUCGAUUCAGAUGAUUUACUUUUCUUCGUUCGCAAAAAACACGUGAAAAGUUCUUCCCGACAUAUGCCAAAAUAUGAGACAGAAGUUGAUGUCUUUCGUAAGGACUCCCGAAAGCUUCCAAUUGGCGAUCCGGACGUCGAUUGGGAGGAGACUGUCUAUCUAAAUAUGGUCAUACACCAAUUCGAUUACACACUAACGUUAGCUAUUUGUACGCGCACAUCGCCAAAGGAAUUGCAAGUGUUGAGACGUCACUCACAACGCGUCUACGCAAGUCCAAGUCGACGGAAAAUGGACACGAAGGGCGAAGGCGAGGAGAUAACGUACCCGCAUAUUUGCUUUAUGGUCGAUAAUUUCGAUGAGGUAUUUAGCGAUAUAUUAGUGAGAGACGGUGAAAUGGUAUGUGUGGAAUUGGUGGCCAACGAUAAAGACGGUUCGGUGCAGGGUGUAAUUUUCCUGGGCUCAAUACGCUAUGAUGCGCUCAAAAAAGUUUAUGAUGCAAGGCAAUCCAGUCUCAGCUCAAAAGUAGCACAACGGAUGUCCUUCGGUCUAUUUAGUAGCGGCGCGGGUGUUCAAACGCGUUGUGAAUUUGUGCGUAUGAAAGGUCCACAGGGCAAGGGCCAUGCCGAAAUGGCUGUUACAAAGCCAAAGGGUUCAGGCGUAGAAACACCAACCAGUGAACCGGGCUUUUGUGCCACAGACAUGUGGGACGAGUGGGAGGAGGAAAAUGACGACUAUUGCACAUAUCGUCAUCAGCGUCGUCUAAGUGAUCCCAGCGCUAAUUUAAAUAAUUUCUCACGGUACGCUUGGCGUACGAAAGGCGCGCCCGAUGCGGUCGGUGGCACGGCGGGCGCCAAGGCGCGCUCUGAAAACGAAGGACUCGAUUCGUUGGCAAAUGAGGUGUCGGAAAUUGAAGCUGGCGAUUUGCGUGAUGAUCUACGUCCUGCUUUCUCGGCAUCCGAGGCAAAACUUCAUCUUAAUCCGAACUGUGAAGCAGCUAACGCGGCUGUCGUUAAGCUUCCGAUUUCACCUGAAAAUGAAGUGGAACUCAGCGCUCAGCAGCAAAUCACCAAUGUUAUAGAGGACAGUGUGCCCGUCGCUGAAGCUGUGGAAGCCACUGCGGCGACGAUCACCUCUCCAACCUCAAACACGAGCACUACGGGCUGCAGCAACUGCUUCGGUGGCAAAAAGUGCAGACGUUGGGUUGGUUCCUCGAGCGAUAAGAGCACUCCUGAAAUGUCUGAAGUAUAUUGCCCGACGUGCGAUGAUUCGGCCAAUGAGACACCAGCUUGUCUCAAUAACAUGCCCGACAAAAAGUCCAAGCCAAAGCAUAGAACCAUACUUAGUGUGGAAAGCGAGCUGAUUGUGAGCAAGAGAGGAAGUCUGCGGUUGACUGCCAGUGGAAACGGAGAGAGGAAAGGUGUAAUACGUAGCGCCUCACUUAGUGCAGCUGAUCGCAAAGCAAAACGCACAGCUAGUCCAGCCGACAAGAAGGAAAAGGAUAAGGAUAAGGACAAAGCUAAAACUAAAGAGAAGGAUAAGGAUAAAAGCAAAGCUACGAAUUUACUCGCCAAGGUUUCACCCAAACGUAUCAGGUCCAAAACAAGCACAGCCGCUUUAACAAAACCCAAAAACAAUAAUACCCCGAAGGACACAAAGGACUCUAAGUCGCCCAAGGAAAGUAAUAGUAAUAACAACAGAGUAGAAGAUCAAGAAACUACAUCACUAAAAGCCGAAGAAUAUGAAAUUGCCGAUGAUGCGACUUCAUUGAAUGGCACUUCGGUAGAACCGACAGAAGCCAAAAUGGCCAUACUAAGCGAAAGCGACACAAAGCUGAUGAUAAAUGUGCGCGGCCGUGAGGAACUGCCCGUUGUAGAGCAGCACACGCCACCAAAUACAGCCGAGCUGGUCGCUACCAGUACUGAUGACAGUAAUACUGUCACCUGCAGCAUGAGCAACAGCAAAAGCAAUCUAUACAAUUUCGAAAAGUGUGUACGUGUACCUGUAAAAUCAGAAUGCCAUCCAUUGCAGCAGCAGCAGCAGCAGACGAACCAAGAAGCGCCCAAUGCAGUUGCUGCUGAAUCUUAUGAUAAUAAGCGAGACAAUAGUGCGUCGACGAUAGCGACAACCACAACCAAAACAACCAGAAUCACAGCACUUCAAAUUGAAGCGCAAAGCGAAUCCGUGCCAAUCAGCGACUGUAAUGGCAACUGCCACAUGAUAUCGCCGCCACCUACAUCGAGUGCACAACGUUCGCCGAUUUCUCCGCCACCCGCGAUGUCGGCUGCGAGCAGUGUCGAAAACGGCAGUGUAAGUGAUGGUGGCGGCGGCGGUGGAGCUGCUAGUGGCAGCGAAAACGGCCAUUCCAAUGCAACGUUGCCACGCGCAAAGCGUAACGCCGCACAGCACGCUUUCUAUCACCGCGCUAUGAGCUUGGUGCCGAAGCGAAGGACGCCUGACGGCACGAAUAUUUAUUAUUGGUGUGAUUUGCCUCGCAAAUCGCUUAAAGAACUGGACGAUGGUGCAUACAAUCCGCUCUGGGCAAGUCGUGGCUUCACUCAAACAUUUCACUUUUGGAAGGAAAAUCGACGCCAACAGUCCACGCCGCUCAAUGCAUUCCUUACCUAUGUGACACUGCCCUGGUGGAGCAUUGCUAAAGAUCUGCUGGAUCAUCGUGAAACGCCUAUAUUAACAUUUUAGUAUUAAAUUUAAUUAUUUUAUUUCGUUUGCUUUCAUUUGAUUUUUUGUUUUUAUGUUCAUUCUUAGGUUUCCUUUUUAUUGUAUUAAUUUAUACAAAUGUACACUCCAUUUUAAGUCUUUCUACUUGUAAUUUUAUCCAGUUUACUUAAUUACCAGCGAAUUUUUAAUUAAUGGCGCUAAAAUAUCGUGAAAUAUUGUGAUCUUUUAUUUGUAUUAAUGUAUAGUAGUUUUUAAUUUUUUGUACGCGUUUGACUGUAAAGUCAGUCAAAUGUGUUUUUAUUUGUAUUUUAAAAAAAUUAAAAAAAAAACAUUUAUUUCAUUUAUUUUAUUAAUAUCGGGUGUUUUUUUCGCUACAUGAGAACUAUCUGUAUCGCUAACUAUAGCAAACUGCAUGAGAACUAUCGAUAUCAGCUGAGAAUGGCAAUCUGUGUUGACAUUUCUGUUCAGUGCGGUUUGCCAAAUCAUCAUAAAUCGUUUAACGCCCGAAUAAUGCUUCCAAACGUAAUCAUCCCCCAUACAUAUAUGAGGAGGGUGCGGAAGUGACAGUGCUUCGUCGGAUAUAAAUCCAGGUCGUUCCGGUUACUUAGAGCAGACUCUCGUGGGAACGGCAUCCUCAGUUCUUAUUUCGUUUGAAAUGAGGAAGGGGCUGCUGUUACGGUGAAUGGCGAACGAACUUUUGUGUCAUCAACUAAACAUGACGGUGCAACUUGCCACAUACGAGGUGUGUUCAAAAAAUAAGGUGAAUUUUCAUUUUUCUCAAAAAAAAAUGUAUUUAUUCAUCAAUUUCUACUUUAUCUCCCUCAAAGUAGUCCCCCUUAGAUAUACUUGUGCCAGCGUUUUUUCCAAUCUUCGAAGUAGUUCUGAUAUGCACUUUUGUCCUUGAGCUCUCUCAGGGAUUCGAUUUUUAUCUCCUCAAUCGUCUCAAUCUUGGGAACAGAAAAUAGUGGAAAUGGGGCGUCAAAUUUGGUGAAUACGGUGACUGAGGCAUGAUAACGGGGUUAUUUUUGGCCAAAUAAUCUCUCACAAGCAAAGAUGAGUGAGCAGGUGGAUUAUGAUGAUGUAAAAGCCAUACAUUUUUUCACAAUUCCGGUCGUUUUUUCGUAUUUCUUCACGCAAACGGCGCAUAACUUUAAGGUAAUACUCCUUAUUUACCGUACGACCUUGUGGUAAGAACUCCUGAUGCACUACGCCAUGGUAAUCGAAGAAAACACUGAGCAAAACGUUGACAUUCGAUCGAACUUGGCGCGCUUUUUUUCGGUCUUGGCUCUCCUGGACUCUUCCAUUGGGACGACUCGGCUUUGGUUUCGAGUUCAUAACCAUAUACCCAUGAUUCGUCACCAGUUAUGACCCUUUUAAGCAAAUCUGGGCCAUCGCUGACGCCAUUCAACAAUGCCUGAGUGAUGCUCAUGCGACGUUGUUCUUGGUCAAAAGUCAGCAAUUUCGGAACGAACUUCGCUGCCACAUGCUUCAUGCCCAAAAUUCCCGAAAAGAUUGCAUGGCAUGAGCCAACCGAUAUGCCGACAUCUACACCUAAGCAACUUCUUUAAUUGUGAUUCGACGAUUCUCCAUAAGAAUUUUCUUCACUUUCUCAAAAUUUUCAUCGGUUGUUGAUGUGCUGGGUCGUCCAGAGCGAACGUCGUCAUUCACAUCCUCGAACUUCUGUGAACAGCUCGUACCUUUUGUAAACAUUUUUUUUACUCAGAGUGAUCUCACCGUAUUUAUGGCUGUCAACAUUUCAAGUGUUCUUGAGCACUUAAUUCCAUUUUUUACACAAAAUUUGAUGCAACUUCUUUGAUCAAUUUUUUCGAUACAAGAAAAUCGCCUUACACACAAAGCACUUGUCUUAUUUAUGCCUCUCACAAACAAACCAAACAUGCGAUAUUGCGAAAAUCAUGAACAUAUUUUCGAGAUGAGUUUGCCAACAUAAUAAAAAUAAUAAUCGAAAGUCGAAUGUACGUAGCCUGCGAAAUUUCAAAAUUCGCCUUAUUUUUUUAACACACUUCGUAGCGCGCUUAACAAUCGAUUUAUUGCAAUAAUCACGACAUAUUAAUUGGACAGAUUUAUUGGAAAAAGUAGUCAAAGUUGAGCUGAACGAAUGGACGAUGUAACUCGUAGCCGCGGUGGGCAUAUGCCGGAUAUCAUAUUGAAAAAAUUAAUACCAUGAAAUUAUCUACCAGAUAAUAAAAUUAUAAAAAAAAAUCAUUCCAAGGAUAUUUCAGUUUUAUAUUAUCAUUUUAAGUUCUCUAGCUGUUAAAAAAACACCCGUUUUCAAACAAAAACACAUCAUUACAAACGUAGCUAACUGAACAAAAAACUAAAGGAGCAAACUGUUAUUGAUUCCUACACGAAAACACUAUACAAACGAAUACUAAAAAACCAUUACGAAAUCCAUACGUACAUACGUUAUUAAAAAAUGUUAGCCAAAACAAGCACUAGCGUGUCCAAAUUUUGAUAAGGUUCUCUCAUUUCUCUCUCAUUCACCAAGAACUUCAUUAGCUUUUACAAAUACUUCGAUUGAGAAUCAUAGGUGAAAGCUGCGAAUUGGCAUUUGUGUGUAUUAAAUUAAAAAAAAAAGUCUAGGAUUUAUUAAAAUAGCACGUGUAUACAAAAACAAAAACAAAAAACAAAAUUAUCUUUAACUGCAUUAGCAUAUAUUUGGCAGCUAAGAAAGUAGUUCGUAAUCGUGUGUUAUAUUGUAUGGCAUAUUUGCAAGAGUAGGCGCGUUAAUCAAUGCAUAUAAAUGAAUACAAUAUAAAAAAAAACAAAAUACAUAAUAAAUAUGUAUUCAUUCACAAAUUUAGAAUCUAACUAAAAAAUAAUAAAAUGUAAUUAAAAGAUUGUCAUAUACGAAUUAUACAUACAUACAAAUUAAAAACUAAAUAAAGUCAAACUUA